GGCAUUGGAGCGCAGCCGGUGGCUGGCGCUCCAGGAGCCGGGGAGCGCGCGCCAUCUCUGCCGGCACCCUGUACGGCCGGAGGCACGGUGGUCGUGCAGAUGCUGCAGAGCGGGCGCAUCUUCGGCUUCAUGGAGCUGAUGGAGGGAUGCCCGUACCAGUGCUCCGUCGUGGCGGCGCCCAUGGCCGACGUGUACGUGAUCGGCAGGAACGACCUGCUGCGCUCUCUCCCGAAGCCGGUGACCCACCGCCUCUUCUGCGACUACCGGGCCCGCCUGUCGGACGAGCGGCUCAUGCAGCGGCUGAAGCAGAAGUGCAAGUGGAAUAGCUACAAGCACGCCCUGCUCGACGAGAUCCUCACGCGCAGGAGCGGCGGCGCCACGGGCAGGGGCCGCGCGUUCCGCGACCCGCCCCCGCGCCUCGCCUUCGGGGCGCUGGAGGACUCGGCCUACGAGCGCAUCGGCAGGGGCGAGGGCCUCUGGGACGGGCGCGCGCAGACGCCCCCGCGGUCUCUGCACGCGCUCCCCGCCGGCCCGCCGCAGGGCGCCGGCCACGCCCCCGCCUCGGGCGGCGCCGGCGCCCAGUUCCGCGUGGGCGACCGGGUGCAGGUCCGGGGCAGCGUGUCCCAGCCGUGGAAGGGGGGCGAGGUGGUCUGCGGCAGCCCCCUGCGGGUGCUCCCCGACGGCGGGGGCCACAGCCUCGCCCCGCGGGCCGCGGAGGUGGUCCGGGCGGAGGCGCCGGGCGGGCCGCCGCGGGAGGCCAGCGCGGAGGACGGGCCGAAGGAUGGGACGACGGUGACUUACAAUCGCAUCGUCGCGCACCUGAACUACGCGAUCCACAGCGGGCGCCGGACCCUCUUCAACAGGCCGGUGCGGGACGUGAGGACGUUCUUCGAGGCCCUAGACCGCAACGGCAGCGGGGGCCUGGAGAGGUCCGAGAUCGCCCAGGGCCUCCAGAGGCGGGCGUGCCGUCUGCGAGGACGACAUCGCCCGCUUCCUGCAGACGCUGGACGACAACGGCGACGGCUUGGUCGACCUCGUGGAGCUGGCGCGUGCCCUGGAGCCUCCGCCGGCGCCCGGGCAGGGCGCUCCGCAGCCUGGGGAGGCGGCUGCUGCUGGCCCCGUUGGCGAACAGCUGCCGCGAGGGGCACUGGUCAGGCGGGCCGGGCCGCCCCCGCCGCGACCACAGGCAGAGGCUGCGGGGACCGGCGCGGGGCGUCGCCGGCGAAGCCCGCCAGCGAGCAGGUGCGGCACGUCUUCGACGUCCGCAUUGAAACCAGAGAAGACGGGUCGAAGGACGUCAUCAUCGAGCAUGACGAGCGGGACGCUUCCAUGGUGGCGAUGGAAAGGAAGCUGGAGCUGGCCGUGGCGGCGGCCCGCUUCCGCGACGGCGCGCGCCGCGCGCGCGCGGAGCCCGGCGGCGAGCGCGAGCCGAGCGAGGGCGUGCCCGCGGCGCCCACGGAACCGCUGCGGAGCCGCGGCCGCGAGAGCCCGGCGGUGCGGCGGGCCGCGAGCGGCGGCAAGCCCCGGGGCGCUGUCAGAGGCUGCUCUGUCGCAGACGUCGACUACACGCAAGAGUGGCCCUUUGCCAGAGUGACUUCUGGUGCGGGCCCACUGGGGGCC